UUGGGGCAGAAGCGGAGAUCCCGGCCGGGAGCGGACGCUGGUACUGGGAGGGGCCAGGAAGAGACACGAGGAUCGGGAGGAACGAACGGGGAACUUGGAAAUCAGGUCUGAAUUACUCUGAAGUCAGUAGUCAUGUCAUCCAACAAGCUUGUUGUAAAGUGUGGGAAAUUUGCUGUCCUUGUGGAUCUUCAUAUUUUGCCUCAAGGCUCAAAUAAAGACACCAGCUGGUUUUCGGACCAUGAGAAGGAGGAAAUAUGUCUGCUUCUAAAAGAAACCAUUGAAGCAAGAGUUAAGACUUACUUGGAUGGUCGGAAAAAGCGCAGCCUGUCCAAACCCCCAGAAUUUACCCUAUCCAAUCCCUUGUCCCUAAAAGGAUAUGGUUUCCAGAUUACAGCUUACUUCCUCAAAAGAGGAGUUCACCUUCGCUGCAUUGUCGGGAAACAGAAUCGUGAGCUGUGUGUAUUCCCAGACAGAUUCGUGGUUUGUGUAAACCAACUUGAAUCUAAUUCCAAUCUUUUGGCAAGUAAAAAUGAAACCCUGAAAGAAAAGCCUUCCAGUGGGAUAUCUGAUUAUUUUGCUGAGUCUGCAGAGAAUCAGCUUCCUCCUAUUGCACAGCGCAGGCGGGCAGCCCUAAAAGAAAUGGUGAAGAGGACUGAAACAAAGAACUGUACCAUAAGCAAACCUCAAACCAACAAAAAUCCCAUAAACACGUAUCUUGGCUCAUUCAACUCCGAGACAAAGAGCAGGAAGGCUGAAUGUCAAGCGUCUCCUGGUCUUGAGUCUGAAGCAAAUUGUAGGAGUACAGGACAACCGAAAAAUGGCAUAGAUACAGCUGAGAGCAACUUGGAGCUUCCUGACAGAGAUUUGGAAAAUGUUAAUCAGACACAGCCAGAAGGUGCAAGCAGCCAGCAAAAAACUCAUUCUGGGGAGCAGUUAAAGACAAGACUUCUGAGCAGAAACUCUCCUUGUAGCUGUGAGUCAGCAUCACCAAGUCCAAAACAGAGUCAAAAACCGACUCAAACUCCAUGCAAACGAAAGAGACAUGGUUCCGAGGGAAUCCUCGACCAUCGCAAGAAAAUGUCUUUUGGAAAGGAUCAGUUAGUGUCAGGACAGGCAGCAGUAAAAGAGAACAACACUGAAUCGUACAUGCCAGCUUUGAAAUUGUCCAAUCCUAUGUUGUUUUUGAAGCAAGACUUGGCAAAAGUCAUGUCAGAUGGAGAAUUACAAGCUUUGGGAAAACUCCCCUUGAGACAUCUUUUUGUGAAAAAUAAUCAAGAACAAGCACAUCAGUUCAGCCCAGCUUCAGGCUCUGAAAAAUUAGCCAUAGUGCCCAAAUUCACUCCGUUAGAAAUCGACUUCUGCCCUUCAGAACAACUCAUCCAAAAAGGGAAGAAAGGCCAAAAUGGGCCCAGAAAGUUAAUACUAAAGAGGCUUAAAGAGUCUUAAUUUGUGGCACAGUUCAGUGCUGUAUGAAAACCAAGUUAUUUCUGACAGUUUGUAUCCAUAAUAUUCUUCAGUAAAUCAUUCAAGUUGUGGAAAAUUAAAAUCAGCGUCUUAAUUGUUUGUCUUCAUGACUAACCCCGUUGUGAAAGGCAUUUAAUAAAGUAACCAAAUGAUUGUCAGACA